AUGCAAUCAACAAGAUUGUUCGCACCAGCAACUGGUCUCUUUAGAGGUCUCGCUAGAAAUCACACCCAAACCUCAGCCAUCAGCAUUAGCGGCCAACGUUAUUUCUCUAAUACAUUCCAUGCCAAAAAUGAAGACUCAACAAAGACCCCUGAAGCUGUUGAGGCAGCCGGCGAAGAAUCAGUUCAAGAAGAGGAAGAGGCUGAGCCUGUCAAGCUCUCAAGAAGAAGACGUAGAUUCCAUGAAUGGGCUAACGGAAAUGGAUCUAAAUACAGUCGACCUGCCAAGGGCACCACCAACUAUCUAGGCACUUCAAAUCCCUUCCCCAACAAUCCUCUAUUCCAACCAAGAACACCUCUUUCCGAUGCCCGUCGUCAAGAGAUCUACGAUGCUUUUAUUUCUGAUCCAGAGCAAUGGUCUGUUCGUAAACUCGCCACUCAAUUUGGCAUCUCUUUGAAGCGAGUCGAGGCCAUUUUAACAUUGAAGGCUCAAGAAAAGGAGAUGGAGAUGAAUGGUGUUGCUUUACAAAAGAAAUUCAACAAGGGCAUGGAACAACUGAUGGGUGUAGAUCAAGCUUUAGAUACAUUGAAGGAGCCUUUGAUCGAUAUUUUCCCUGCUGUUGGUAAACCCAAAUUCAAGACAUUAAAGGAAGAUGCCUCUUUCACUCCCAAGGACGCAGCUGAUGUGCUUGGCCGUAUUCCCUUCAAGGAUCUCGAAAGACGUGUCAUUGCAUCUGAGCAAGCUGAAUUCACCUUACCCACACCAUCUGCACCUUUAGAUUCAUCCGUCGUCAACAACAAAACUACAAAACGCAGCAAAUUUGUUAUUGUAGAUACUAGCUCUUAG